AUGGCCCCUAUUCGAGUUGGUAUCAUUGGUCUCGGCGCCAAAGAAGCUGGACUCCUUUCCGUCGGAUCUUGGGCUGCUUCUGCUCUCCUCCCAUCCUUUCUCAACUCGCCUCACUACGAGGUCGUUGCCGUGAGCAACUCUUCCGUGGCAUCUUCUCAGCGAUCCAUCGACUUCCACAAGCUGGGCCCCAACGUCAAGGCUUACGGCAGCCCGGAGGACAUUGCCAACGACCCCAAUGUUGACCUGGUGGCCGUGUCCAUCAAUGUUGGACACCACUACGUUGUGACCAAGCCUGCACUUUUAGCCAAGAAGCAAGUCUUUGUGGAAUGGCCCCUUGGAGCAAACACGGUAGAGGCAGAGGAAUUGACAAAGCUGGCGAGGGACGCCAACCUGAAGACGAUUAUUGGAACGCAGUUCAUUUCUGAUCCCGCCCUUGUCAAACUCAAGGAGCUCGUCGCCAGCGGUGCCAUUGGCAAGGUCACGAGCUCAGAGGCUCAGUUGGCGCCCACCUUUGGACCUCCCGACGUCUGGGGAGCUGAUGCAACUUACUACUUGGAUCUCAAGACCGGUGGUAACGAAUUCCAUAUUGCACUGGCCCACUUCCUUGCAGGCUUUGUGGAUGUGUUGGGCGACUUUGCUACCGUCAAGGCGUCGUUUGCCACACAAUAUCCCACAGUCAAGCUUCUCGACCACAGCACUGGCAAGAUUGUCAACCCGUCAUUUCCCAGAAAGGCCCCGGACCACAUGUUCGUCCAAGGCGUCCUCAACAGCGGUGCCCUCGCCAGCGUCAACUAUCGCCGGACGACGGACAUUGUUGGCAAGACCACGCGCUGGAUCAUCACCGGUACAGAGGGCGAGAUCGAGUUCACCAUUGACGGG